GACAUUUUCGCAGGCAGGCACGCGUAGCUUAAGUUCUCAGGCGCAGUGUAAUUAUUUAUAAAAAGAAUAGUACAACUUAUAUUUUGUCAUUUUAUCCAAAGUACUGAGCACAGACCUCUCGGCGAAGUUUUAUGAUCGCGUAAGGCGAAUUUAGGAAGAAGUUUGGAAGCUUAUUCUGUCACAAAAUUUCGAUGUUCAUGCACAGCCUGUCAAUGGCGACAUCACCACGUAACUUGCUGUGCCAUGUGUUUCAAGUAUGCAGAAAAUAUCUUAGUAUCGCUUAGCAAACGAUAAAUCCCGAGAAUAAAUCACUCAUGAGCUACCUGAGCAUAGUGUAGAAGACAAAUCAAACAUGGUACACUCUUGAUGUUUUACUAUGAAAUCUGUAAGAUAACUCUAAAGACAUUCUGGUUUCUUGGUCCAUUGGCUGUAUUCUACGAUGCACCAUUUGGCAGAUUUGCGGAUGUAACUUCCCGCUUUAGUCUUGGUGGAAGACUGACGUGGUUCAUCAUGGAAAUAAUUUCGCCAAUAUCAUUCAUAAUUGGGUUCCUAAGUGAAGGACGUCAGAAAUCACUGUUUCAGCUCGCAAUUGCUGGUGCGUUCCUAGUGCAUUACGUAAAUCGGGCGAUAAUCUACCCAUAUCUAAACCCGUCAAAAUCGCUAUCACAUGUGCUUGUUCUACUCUCUGCUGGUUGCUUUAAUACAGCGAAUGGAAGUAUACAAGGGAAGUACCUAGCAGAUACAUCUAUCAAUAAAAUCAGCCUCGUUGGCUGUGUACUAUUUAUUGCUGGGCUAGCUGGAAACGUCUACCACGAUAGAUUGCUCUUUCGUUUGAAGAGAGUGUCAAACGGUGGCUACAUAAUACCAAAGGGGGCUUUGUUUGACUAUGUUAGCUAUCCAAAUUACUUUUGCGAAUGGAUAGAAUGGCUUGGAUAUGUCUUGCUAUGUCAGUCGAAUACGCUCAAUGACGCUCCUGUGGUGUUCUUGAUAGCUUUGGUUGCCACUAUGUCCCCCAGAGCUUAUAAGGGACAUCUCUGGUACAAGAAGAAGUUCAAAGAAUAUCCGCAAUCACGUAAAAUAGUGAUUCCUUUCAUACUUUAGUGAUGUUCAUAUAAAUAAAUAACAAUAAAUAAUAAUAGAGAG